AUGGAUAGGAUGGUGCUGGGUAACUGGAUACUUUGGCGGAUAGGCGGAAGUCAUCAAAAUCAACGUUACCGCCGCAAUAGGGCAGCUAAUUUGGACGAAAGCAUUGCAUUGCACACUUCUCGCAGUAUGCAGAGGUCAGUGAGGGUUGGUAGGCGUGGAGGAGUGUGCCACGAAUGGAAAGACUUUGACAAGUAUGUGCUCUGUGCUUUUGCAAAUAUGGGGAUCCUAAUCGUGGCUUUCAUAGAAUCGUUGGAUAUCGAUGCGUCCUACAAGCGGACGGCGGCGCUUGCUGAAGUGCAUUAUAAAAUUUAA